AUGAAAUUUGCUUUGCGACUUUUGUGCAUUAGUUCUUUUAUGAGUUUCUAUCCAUUGGAUGAUGGUCUGAUGCACACAUGUUAUCUCAACACUGCUCAAUUGCAGUUAGAAUUGUACCCUGGACAUUUUGACACCAUAUUUGGAUUGGUUGGUCAGCAAAUUGCUUAUACUUUUGCAGACAAAUAUGAAUUAGCACAAUGUAAACAUACAGAUCAUAAUGUUAAUGAACCAAUUCCCUCUUGUUGUAAUGUUGUGUGUGCUCAGAAUGGUAAACAAAUGGUACAAGAAGGUGCCUUGACAGCCUUAACAUUAGUUGCUGAUUCAUAUCAUGUGAUUUUGGCAGUUGCCUGCCAAAUACUCUCGGCGUCUAAGGAGCCGAUAAAGGUCUCCGGUAGCAAAUCAACAUUGAAACCGGAGUAUAUUCCAAUUUGUGAUAUCUUCGCAAGAGCGAUUCUGGCAAGGGGAGGAAACUAUAGCAGACUAACAAAGGACAAAAUCAGGAUGCUGGUCGGCCUGAUAGAGGGAACAAAGGUUAACUGGGCAAAGGCAGUGUUCCACAACUUAAUGGAAAUGCCGGCCCCCCCCUCCACAGGUGGCCGAAAGAAGGCAACCGACAAGGAAGCGGCCCCAGCCAAAGAAAAGGCCGAAAGCAAAGGAAAAGAGAAAGUAACUUUCUCGGAACCGCCGCAGGAGGACGAGUCGACUUCCCCUUCUGAAAGAACCGAUACAGAAAAGACCGAUGACGAAAGAUCGGCCGAUGAAGAAGAGCAUUCGGGCCAGAGCCCCGAUAAUGCUGGUCCUAACGCAAAUCCUGAGACCACCGUGGGCGGUGAAGAGGAUGGUGAAGAAGGUGGUGACGAAGGCGGUCACGAAAGAGGUAACGAAGAAGAGAAGGAGGACGAAGAAGCAGAGGCCGAUAGGGUAGCUCUGAAACUCCUAAAAGGCAUUAAAAAGCGAGCCGAGACGAUUGAGGAGUUAUACCUGGAAUGGCAUGAGCACCGGUUCGGCAAACGUUAUAGGCAAAUCCUACCGGGCUACACAGACGUGGAAUGCAUCCAAAGACUGAAGAGAGUGGAGGACGUGGUCAUGGAUAUCACAAAAUCCGAUACCAUUGAAGAGGCAUUACACCGAACCUACCUCUUAAAACCACGAGCACAACUACGGAAGCUAACCAUACGCAUCCGGAAGAUUACGGCGAAGUUCGAAGAGGUGGGACCGGAAGACACCUUAACACCGCUGGUGUUGGAAAGACUUGAAAAAGCCAAAGGAGACCUUAUUCAAGAAAUUGACCGGCUGGAAGCAAUGUACGGUCAAAGGGAAAUACCGGUCUAUACAGCUCCCCGGAUUGAUACAAGUCCGGAUCACUGCCCAACACCUCCAAGGGCGAAUUCGGCAACAGAGGAAUCCGACGAAAGGGCGGAUCCUCAUCUCACCGGGAAAUCCCCUCUUGCGCAACCGGAAGUCUCCGAAUCAGACUUCACGAAGGAAUGGGUUGAGAGCCGGCUUCAAGAAUUCGAAGACUCCGAGGUUCUCCCUUUGAAGGAGAAAUUCCAAAGAACCGUUUGCUCGGCACUCAAGUUCGCCAACACCACAAGGUAUCUUUUAGAUAGAACACAUGACCGGUUCUCAGAAAUUGAUGAAGAUCAACAGGAAGAGGCGGUCCUGCGCAACAAACAUCUUAAGCGAACCGUAAUUUUGGAGGAUACGACCUCCGAGUUAAAGGAAAACUUUGACCGGUUUGAAAGAGAGACCGAUCAACGAUUGAUGGAGAAAUAUGAGGGUCUCGAGGCCGAACUCAAGGCGCUUUCCGAACAAGUUGCCGAACUGCUGAAAGCUAAGAUAAAUGCCGAUACCGCGGCUGUAGAGGCUGAUGCCCAAGCGGCUAAAAAGGUCCAGGAUGAGCUGGACGCCGAAGCAAGUAAAGAGAAGGAGGCACCGCGACAAUCGCAACUCACCGAGGAGGAAGAGGAAGCCGAGCGAAUUCGAAGGGCAGAGGCCAAGUUCCCAGGACUUGCAAAGAAGGCAGCCGCUCAAGCUGCGAAGGAUGCUGCGAGGUUAGAAAGGGAAAGACGGAGGCUGGAAGGCUUCGCAGACGACAAUAAAAAGAAAAAGGCGGCCUCUUCCGUUUCAGCUCCGACAAAGCGAAAGAGGGAACCUUCAAAGAAAGCCCAAAUAGCCGACCUGCUCAAUGAGGUUACUGAAACCGUCAUUGGGAGUACGCCGCAGCAGGUUCCUCAAGUCGACGAGGAGGAUGAAGAACACCUAAAGCCCCGGUCUACAAGACAACGAGUCUCCGAACCGGCCAGUCGACCGUAA